CGGCUCGCAACCACACACCCCAGUCAGUCACCUCAAGUGCGACCGGCCGGCUGGAGCGGAGGCAAACAAACAGACCCAGGCCAGCCAGGGCGAUCCUGCCGCGUGUUUUUGGCUCAAUCUCAGAGACACCGGAGCACAAGAGGAGAAUGGGACGCCGGUGCUUGGAUCAGGACUGAGUCUGGUCGGCGCGUUUAGAGCUUCUCCGACCCGUUUCCAAGUCCUUUUUCUAACCGGCUCAGAGUCACGUUUUCGCCGCUGACACAAUGGGCUGCUGCAGCGGACGAUGCACUCUCAUCUUUAUUUGCACUUUACAGUUGUAUACAGUAUGGGCCGCUCUGUGGGUGGCCUGGAACGUCUUCAUCAUCUGUUUUUACCUGGACGUAGGAGGCCUGUCCAAGGACAGUGACCUGCUGACUUUUAACAUCUCAGCCCAUCAUUCUUGGUGGAGCGAACACGGGCCAGGCUGUGUGAGAAGAGAGAUGCCGCAGGCUCCAGGAGUCCGCACCACAGAGAGCCACUCCUACAUCACUGUCAUGGGCUGCCUCAUGGACUACCAGUACAUCGAGGUUGUGCAUAGCGGCACACAGAUUCUUGUUGCUCUCCUGGGCUUCGUGUACGCCUGUUAUGUUGUCAGCGCUAUCACUGAGGAGGAGGACAGCUUUGAUUUUAUUGGUGGAUUUGACCCAUUCCCACUCUACCAUGUCAAUGAGAAACCAUCUCACCUCCUCUUAAAGCCCAUGUACCUGUAAGUAUGAAUGUGCUGUG